UCUAUUUUGGACUAAACCCUGUACACAGUGACUUGAGAAUAAGCACAUUUAAUUCAGUGGGACUUAAUUCUGAAUAGGCACGCUUAGGAUUGUAUUGUAUUUUAUUCAAGUUGGCACCCUUGAUUGGAGCUGAGAGUCCAGCAACAUGUUUAGUUUAUAUUGUUCCAAUUUAGCUAUCAAAUAGCAAAUAUCACCAUUGUAUUAAGAUGUUCCUGCAAUUGUUUGUUUUCAGGUGCUGCUUGACAAAUGUCUCAAGAACACCUUGAUUGCUUGGUUCAGGAUUUAGCUGACUUUUAUAAGUAUCCAUUAUUUUAAAAUUUUCACCUACUGCGUGAAUAAAUUGACGUCAUUUUUUAUUUUACAACUACUUAUACAGAUACUUUGCUUUGGAGGCUAGGACAGCUGUCUUUAAAUGUCCUUUUAGAUGAACUAGUAGAUGGCUCAUUAGGGCUGCCAUACAUCUGGAAUUUCCUGGACAUAGCUGGGAUUUGUCUGUCAAAAGUAGUGUCCAGGUGGAAUUUUCUAAAAUCAGUUAAAAUGUCUGGUGUAUGGCAGCUCAUCUCGGAAGUCUUGAUUUUUUUGGUGAAUUUUCUUUUAAAACCUCAGGGUUUUUUUUGGAGAUUUUGCAAAACAAAAACAAAAACUCAACAACUUUUCGAAAUAUGGCAACCUGCAUAAUAGAGGGAGAAGCUGGCAAAGGAAAAACAACUCUCCUCAAAAGAAUUGCCUGGUUGUGGGCUAAUGGAAACCAACAUUCAAUGAGAAAAUUCAAGCUUGUUUUCUUUAUCAGUCUGAGCAGUACUCAGGCUGGACUGUAUGAAACAGUGUGUGAGCAACUUCUUACAGAACAAUAUGAGAUGGGCAAACAGGAUUUUCUGUUAGAUGGAUAUGAUGAAUUCAAACCCCAGAGAUGCACAGAAAUAGAAUCACUGAUCAAAGACAUUUGUAAAUUCAAAAACAGUCAUUGUUACUACAAAGACUGAGUCAAAUAGAUACAACAGAUUCUUUUUUUCAGAAAUCAGGUCAAGAACCAUAUGAAGACCCUUUUGUUUGUAGUUAUUGCUUGUGCCAUCCGUGGGGAAAACUACUUUAAAUCCACAAAACAAACCAUUCUCUUCUCUACAAUACAUGAUUUGCUGGCAGGGGAAAACAAGCACAAGAGCAGAGGGAUUUGUGAAGACCAUUUUCGCCUAAGCAUAAACCCCUGUGGAGAUUUAGCACUAGAGGGAGUAUUUGACCACAAAUUUGAUUUUCAGCCUGAGGAUUUCUCCAAUGUGAAAGAACAAGUCCUGCUAGCUAUAGUCCUCAUGAAUAAAUACACAGCUCAGAGACUAAAGCCGGUAUCUUGAAUUUUUCAUAAGUCUUUCCAGGAAUACACUAGGAGAGUUUCCAAGUUAUUAACAUCCAGUUGGGAUGAGGAGGCCAGAGGGCAUAGUUACCUUCUAAGAAUGAAUAGCAUCUCAGAUAUUAUUACUACAUACCGCAGUUUACUUCUUUUUCUUUCUUUCUUUUUCUGUAUACUUGUAGAUUAUAAGCUGAAGCCACCAGAAAAAAUAUCAGGCACCUAUCAGCCAUUCAUCAGCAAGACAGUCAUUUUGGAUUGCCAUCUUCCCAUGAUCUGUCAUCAGAAAUAGAAUCCAUGAAAAAGGAAGGGAAUUAUCAAGUGGAAGAAGCGCUAGUUGCGGUUCUUGGAAACUCAUUUGUGGAGUGUGCCACUAGUAGAAUAACAAGGCAUUUGAAAUGCACACUAUAACAAGGGACAGAAACAUUUCCAGUAUGACCUGUAAAAAAAAAGUGCAACAAUAACCGAAACACUAAAUAGCCUCAUCCUUAUUUUACUGUACAGCACAUCAUAUUGUAUACUUGCAUUAUAUGUUCAAAUAAUGAGAAUUAGGUAGAUUCGUAUUUAAAUGCAAACUGAAUCAAAUUGCUGUUCUAUCCCAAAUUAUAACUGAGUGGUAGGGCAUUAUGUUCUGCAUGUAGAAGGUGCCAGGGUCAAUUCUUGGCAUAUCCAGAUAGAGCUGGCAAAGACUAGUGCUUGAAACUCUGCAGAGUUGCUGACAAUCAGUGUCAGCAAUAAGCUGAGGAAAUAGCUCAGUUGGUUAGAGCGUGGUGCUCAUAAUGUUGAGGUCACAGGUUCAGUUCCUGUAUGGGACGGCGGCAUAUCCCUGCAUUGCAGGGGGUUGGACUACAUGAUCCUCAGGGUUCCUUCUAACUCUACAAUUCUAUGAUUCUAUAAUGCAGGUAGGUCAUUAGUCAGACUGGGUAGAAAAUAGCCUCCUAAAGAUAACAAAAAACUUUGGAGACUGUCAGACUCUUAGUAUCUGAGGUUCCACAUUAAUGUGGACUGUCGUGUGAUCUUUGGAUGAAGGGAGAUGUACAAAUUUAAUAAAGUAAAUAAUAAAAAUAAAUGUUUGUGCAAAGUUGUAGAAAAAUA